AUGCUAAAAAUGGAAGAAGCUCUGGUCUGGGGCGACCCGAAGCUCGAUACGCUCGACGCGGACCGGCUGAUUCUCAACGGACGCAUCCUGGAAGGCCGGUACGCCUGGUCUCUCUGCGCAAGCGACUUGAGCGGCCUCGAGUACGGAACAUUGUACACUAUCAGGUCGUCAGGCAGCUCGUCGUCCGAGAGAAAAUCGACUGCGUCCACCAUAUCCGACCCAUGGAGCAUCUCUGCGCGACAAAAAUUCCAACGCGACACAACGCGCAUGGACGUGUCUGAGAAUGAGCAAAGGGCCCUCUCCAACAAUGGCAUUUUCGUCUGGCCAGACCGUACAAGCGAACACAGGGCUCAUGGAGCUGGAAUUGUAUGUACACGUGCUCUUUUUGCUGUUCUUCUUGAGUCCCGAUCCAGAGCAUGUGUCACACUGACAAACAGCUCUGUAGUCCAGAGCAGCCCUGGUUCCGAAAAUGGCCUCCCGGAACGUGAUGGACUUGAGAAUUUCAACGUCUUCUCCUUGGAAAUGCUGCACACCCCCACGCUGUCUACCACCGCCACCCAUUCCUCCAAACAGGUCCUCGAAAUUGAAGCCAAAUCCUUCAAACGGAUUGCCACCGCCUUGGAACCCUCCAAACGGAUUGCCGCCGUGAGCCCCACCGAACCCACCGGCUCCCGCGUUUGGAUCAAAUGCAGAAGCUCCAAAUUGGUCGUACUGCUGUUUCUUCUGAGGGUCGCUCAAUAUGUCAUACGCUUCUUGCAGCUGGUGGAACUUCUUCUCGGCUCCUUGUUCCUUGUUGAUGUCUGGGUGCUUCUGGACUUUUUGGUCUUGUGUUCCUCUUCUUCUGUCUUGUCGGUGACCACCUCUUUCCCUUCCUCGUCGUACUGUCGUUUGGCCGUGACAGAUUCUGCUCCCAGCUUGAGUCUGGUCAAUUCCUUGGUGAUUUUACCCUUUGGCCCCCAAAUCAAGAAUCCAACGUUCUUGGAGACAUAUUCCAGCAAAUCAUUGAGGAACUUGAUCCACUCAUACUUCUCCAUCAAUGAGUCAUCCUCCUUGACCUUCAUUAAAUUCUCCUUCCUGGACUCGCAUCUUGCGAGGAAAUCCAGCUCUGCGGGUGUGAACAACGUGGAGUUUCGCACAAUUGGUUGUUUAGUGGCAUCGAAGUCUGGCUGUUUUCUCUUCAGCAGCACCUCGUCCAAGUUGUCUGGGAACAGGUCCUUGAUGAUCUCGUCUUUGGAACGGUCGCCCAGCUCAAUUGCCGAAAUGAAAGCUUGCGUUUUCAGCUCAAGAAACAAAAUGGCAUGCGACUUGAGGAACUUGGUUUGGUUGUUUGGAGCUCUGCUGCUUUGGGAGAAGGGGAACGACGAGCUCAACAACGUCGAUUGUAAUGUGUUAUCCUGUUUGAGAUUAGAAAGCGAUCUGGUUGGGUCCAAGUUCUGCGGUGGACAGAAAACGUCUAGGAAUGCCUCGUUUAAAAAAAAGAAUCCCAGAUCGAUCAGCCCAAGCGUGGCUAGCAAAAAGGUGGCAAGGUUCACUUUACGAAGCGUACCUUCAAUGGUGUCCUCUUUGCCGCGGAAGAAAUCUGGAGCGGCCUCGCCAUAUUUCCAAACACCAAAAGUGACAUUUUCCAAGGUGAAAAACGGACUUUCUUCAGAAUUGUACACUCUUUUUGUUGUUUCGAACAGCUCGAUCAAAUUGCCAAAGGCAAUACCUGCGAAAGAAUCACGAUUGGAAACCAGUUCCAUUAUCUUCUGGUACGGUCCUUGCGAGAUGAUUCUCAGGAUUUGCGUUGCCAAGUUGUCCAGAACAGGCAGGGUGUUUAUGAGCAGUUGA